AUGAAGAUCUCACUACUUAAAUGGAACAUUCAAACAAUUGUAACUUCUCUGAACAAACUACAAAUGCACCGCGAUAAUAUUAUACAAAAUCCUCAAAGUUAUUCGAGCGAAGUUGUUGGAAUAGUCGAAUGUAAAAGAAGUCUUGAGAAUGCGUUUGCCAAUUUGGAACCGGAGUCUUUAAAUAAAACAAUAUCACAAAUUAAAAAAAGAAAAACAAAACGCCUCAAGAAAAAGCUUAAAACAAAGAAAAGGCAUAACAGAAACAAUUCAACGACAACGCCGCCAUCAUCGGAGCAAAGUCAGUCUAAUGGGUCCGCUAUUUUCCCCUUUGUUCUAGAACAACAACACUUAAGUAGGCUAAACAAAUGCAAAUUACGUAGCUCCAAAAAGUACCUGGCUUGGAUAGAAUGUUUGGAAACCCUUCAUCGUCUUAAAGGCGGUGGAGACUCGUGUAAACUCAAAGAAUCUCUUAACUCGAUCAAAUCGUUUUGGCAAUCUACUGAACAAAGCAUAAAAGAAGAGAAAAACAACAAUUCUUUGGCAAAGCGUUGGGAUAAAGUUUUAUUUGGUGGAAAGUCCGAAAUUGAAAUCGUGCCGAGCCUUGAGGAAUUUUUGGGGAGACGUUACAUUUGGGAUUCUUAUUUAGACAAUUCAAAUGGAUCACAUAUUCCAAUUGGUUGGGUUUAUCCCAAAGAGGAUGCUAGACCAGAAUGGAAGCAGUUUCUUCAGCUAAUAUAACUAAUAAAAUUUAUAUCAAGUAUUUUUGUUUGCAUUUAAAAAAACUAGUAGUAACACAAAAAUAAAUUUUAAUAUAAAGCAGUUAUUCAA